AAUAAGUUCGGAGGAUAAUUAACUUUUAACAUUCCUUGUUCCCGUAUAAUUAUUUACUGAAAGAUACUGUUAAUCCCUGUUUAUACUUGUCUCUCUUUUUCUCUACUUUGCAGUUUUCUCGUGAAUACAGAACAACACAAAAAGACUUACCAGAUGGGCAAGGCAGAAAACAACCAUAACAUGGAGGAGGGAACGCUAGAGAUCGGCAUGGAAUAUAGAACUGUUUCCGGAGUGGCUGGGCCAUUGGUAAUCCUUGAUAAAGUGAAGGGACCCAAGUAUCAAGAAAUUGUUAAUAUUCGUUUAGGGGAUGGAACAACCAGACGUGGUCAAGUCCUAGAAGUUGAUGGAGAAAAGGCCGUUGUUCAGGUAUUUGAAGGAACAUCUGGAAUUGACAACAAAUAUACGACUGUGCAAUUUACAGGAGAGGUUUUGAAAACUCCUGUUUCUUUGGAUAUGCUUGGGCGCAUUUUCAAUGGCUCUGGAAAGCCAAUCGAUAACGGGCCACCUAUCUUGCCUGAAGCAUAUUUGGAUAUUUCUGGGAGUUCUAUUAAUCCUAGUGAGAGAACCUAUCCUGAAGAAAUGAUACAGACAGGGAUUUCAACAAUUGAUGUUAUGAAUUCAAUUGCUAGAGGGCAAAAGAUCCCCCUCUUUUCUGCUGCUGGUCUUCCCCAUAAUGAAAUUGCUGCUCAGAUCUGUCGUCAGGCUGGUUUGGUGAAACGAUUGGAGAAGGCUGGGAAUCUUCUUGAGGAUGGUGAAGAAGAUAAUUUUGCCAUUGUGUUUGCGGCUAUGGGUGUAAACAUGGAAACUGCACAGUUUUUCAAACGUGAUUUUGAGGAAAAUGGCUCAAUGGAGAGAGUGACCCUUUUCCUAAACCUGGCUAAUGACCCCACAAUUGAACGUAUUAUUACUCCUCGUAUUGCUCUCACUACUGCUGAAUAUCUGGCAUAUGAAUGCGGGAAGCAUGUUCUUGUGAUUCUUACAGACAUGAGUUCUUAUGCUGAUGCUCUCCGUGAGGUUUCUGCUGCCCGAGAAGAAGUGCCUGGAAGACGUGGAUAUCCUGGGUACAUGUAUACUGAUUUGGCCACAAUAUAUGAGCGAGCUGGAAGAAUUGAAGGGCGAAAGGGUUCCAUCACGCAAAUUCCAAUUCUUACUAUGCCAAAUGACGAUAUUACCCAUCCAACUCCGGAUCUUACUGGAUAUAUCACAGAGGGGCAAAUAUACAUUGACAGGCAGCUCCAUAAUAGACAGAUAUACCCACCAAUCAAUGUGCUUCCAUCGCUUUCUCGUCUGAUGAAGAGUGCCAUUGGUGAGGGGAUGACACGCAGGGAUCAUGCUGACGUGUCUAACCAGGUCUGGUUGCAACAUCAAUCCUUUAUUCGAUGUAAAAGGCAUCUAAUAUCUGUUUUUGUUUCUCAAUCCUUGAACUUUCAGUUGUAUGCAAAUUAUGCCAUCGGGAAGGAUGUUCAGGCUAUGAAAGCUGUGGUUGGAGAAGAAGCUCUUUCGUCCGAGGAUCUGCUAUACUUGGAGUUCUUGGAUAAAUUCGAGAGGAAAUUUGUGACGCAAGGAGCAUACGACACUCGCAACAUCUUUCAGUCACUUGAUUUGGCGUGGACACUGCUUCGUAUAUUUCCUCGUGAACUUCUUCACCGUAUACCUGCGAAAACUCUCGACCAGUACUACAGUCGAGAUGCAGCUAAUUAAAGGUGACACAAAUUCCUGUCCUAAAUUGCCAUUGCCUCUAUCUCCAUCAUGGUUGGUCUAGUUUUACAAGUUGCUUGUUUGCCCUUUUUUUUUUCUUCUCCUGUUUUAAUUCAUAAGUUGCCUGCCAUCUGCUCAGAUAAUAAUGGUUGAAUACCAGCGAGAAUUUGCAGCUUUUCUGCUUGUAAGCAGAGAUACCAAAUAAAUAUUCUUUUGGAACGGUAAAAUAUGGGGAUAGGAAUUUUUUUGUUAUUUACUUUUGGCAACCAAACCGAUUUGGGGUUUUACUUUACAUUGAUGAGAAAAUACAGUCCAUUACCAGUGAAUUUUAGCUGUUUUUCUUUUGGGGUUUUACUUUACAUUGAUGAGAAAAUACAGUCCAUUACCAGUGAA